AUGGAUAAAUAUAUUAAAGUGCGAAAGAUUGGAGAAGGAUCCUUUGGGAAAGCAAUUCUUGUCAAAGCUAAAGAAAAUGGCCAACAGUAUGUUAUUAAAGAAAUAAACAUCUCUAAGAUGUCAAAUAAGGAGAGGGAAGAAUCAAGGAGAGAAGUUGCUGUAUUGGCUAACAUGAAACAUCCCAAUAUUGUCCUGUAUAGGGAGUCAUUUGAAGAAAAUGGCUGUCUCUACAUAGUAAUGGAUUACUGUGAAGGAGGAGACCUGUUUAAAAAAAUAAAUGCCCAGAAAGGAAUCUUAUUCUCUGAAGAUCAGAUUCUGGAUUGGUUUGUACAAAUCUGUUUAGCACUAAAACACAUACAUGAUAGAAAAAUCUUGCAUCGGGACAUAAAGUCACAGAAUAUAUUUUUAACCAAAGAUGGAACAAUACAGCUGGGAGAUUUUGGGAUCGCCAGAGUUCUUAACAGUACUGCCGAGUUGGCUCGCACUUGCAUAGGAACGCCAUACUAUUUAUCGCCUGAAAUAUGUCAGAACAAACCUUACAACAAUAAAAGUGAUAUCUGGGCCCUUGGUUGUGUUCUCUAUGAAAUGUGCACACUUAAACAUGCGUUUGAAGCUGGUAACAUGAAGAACUUGGUACUGAAGAUAAUCUCUGGACCUUUUCCUCCUGUUUCUGUGCAUUACUCCUAUGACCUACGUAAUCUGCUGUCACAGUUAUUUAAAAGGAAUCCUAGGAAUAGACCGUCAGUAAACUCCAUAUUGGAGAAAAACUUUAUAGCCAAACGGGUUGAAAAAUUUCUCACACCACAGCUUAUUGCAGAAGAAUUCAAUCACAAAAUCUUCCAGAAGUUUGGACCACAUGCUGCACCUGCUAAAAGACCAGCACAAGAACAAGUACUGACUUCAGUUGCAUCAGCUCAGAAAAUUACCAAACCUGCUGCAAAAUAUGGAGUGCCUCUAGUGAUCAGGAAGUCUUGUGAUGCACCUAAAAAGCCUAAUGAGAAGAAGCCAUUGGCUAAAUCUAGACAGGCCUUUCCAACUCCAGUGAAGAAAAUGAAUCCAGGAGAAGAAAGGAGGAAAAUGUGUGAGGAACCUUCAAAAAAGAAAAGGUUAGAAUUGCCUGAAAAAGAAAAACGUCAGAGAGAUCAGAUCAGUUUACUGAAGGCAGAUGAAAUGAGAAGAUUGGAAAAAGAAAGGAUGGAACGAAUAAACAGAGCCAGGGAACAAGGAUGGAGGAAUGUGCUUGGUUCAGGUGGAAGUGGUGAUGUUAAGGCACCAUAUUAUGGCGGUGGAGGUGGUGUUGGUCCUUUUCCUGUGUCUUCCAGAGGACAAUAUGAACACUAUCAUGCUAUUUUUGACCAGAUGCAACAGCAAAAGGAAAACAUUAGAGUAGCUGAAGAGAGGGAAGCCAAAUUGAGGGCGAAAGUACAAGGCCGAGAAGUUGUUGAAAGAGGAAUUCCACCUGGAAUACGUCCAGGAGUUCCUAAGGGGCCUGCGGGUCAUCACCAUUUACCUGAUGCGGGUGCAGUUAGGAAAAAAAUGAAAAGAUUGAAGGAGGUGUCUAAACAAGCCAAUGCAAACAGGCAGAAAGGAUGGAUAGCUGCAGAUAGAGCAAAGCAAGUUGAAGAAUUUUGGCAACGAAAGAGAGAAGCCAUGGAAAACAAAGCUCGAGCUGAGGGACACAUGGGUACACUGCAAAACGUGGCAGAUAUCUAUGGAGGCAGGCCCAUUUCUGCAAGAGGAAGGAAAUCCAGAAACAAGGAGGAAGAGGAAUAUUUGGCAAGAUUAAGACAGAUCCGGCUACAAAACUUCAAUGAACGUCAACAGAUCAGAGCAAAACUUCGUGGAGAGAAGAAUGAAGCUGCCAGUUCUGAUGGACAAGAAUCAAGUGAAGAAGCAGAACUGAAACGCAAAAAGAUAGAAGCACAGAAGGCUCAAGCAAAUGCUCGAGCUGCAGUUCUGAAAGAACAGUUAGAGCGAAAGAGGAAGGAAGCAUACGAAAGAGAGAAAAGAGCCUGGGAAGAACAUCUGAUAGUGAAAGGGGUAAAGAAUCCUAAUGUGCCUUUUCAUGUGGGAGCUACGGAACACAGUCCUGUGCAUGGACUACAAGAGCUUGGAGCACCUCUUCCUAAGCCACAACUUCCAGUGAAGCCCUGUACACCAGUCAUCUCCAUGACUUCUGCUUUGAAGGAAGUGGGUGUG